AUUAUAAAAAGCGGACUGAAGCUAACAUUUGGACUCCCGACUGCGCAGCAAAAAAGAGAAGACAAUUUUUCUUCCAUUCUCUAUCUCCUCCGGCAGCGAGCAAAGAGAAGAGCUGAAAAGAUGAGCAGGUCGGGUCAACCUCCGGAUCUGAAAAAGUAUAUGGACAAGCAACUUCAAAUCAAGUUGAAUGCCAACCGCUUAGUCACUGGAACUCUUCGUGGGUUUGAUCAGUUCAUGAAUCUGGUCAUUGACAACACUGUGGAAGUUAAUGGCAAUGAGAAGAAUGAAAUUGGCAUGGUGGUGAUUCGCGGUAAUAGCGUGGUGACAAUUGAAGCGUUGGAGCCAGUCGCUAGGCCACAGUAGCUCUAACGGAUCUUUGUUUAUGCUCCAGAUGCUGCUGCCGUUCGUUUAAAGGAAACCUUAGGGAACAUAAGUUUGUACUACUAGGAUUCAGUAUUUGACUAGAUAACAGUUAACAUGACAAUGGAUUUCUGUAAGUUUGAUCAUCAAUUCUCUCUAUUCAAUUAGUGCACUAUGUGCUGAAUGCAGUAAAGGGAAGACAAAUGACAAUUAUUUGCUUGUUCAGCAUUCCUUUUAAAAAGUGCAAUAUAUUUGUUGUUUUGUUCAUGUCAAA